GUCUUUCCUAGCUACACAAUGUUUCCCAAUGCCUCUCUACCCAACGACGCUGUCCAGACAUCUAAGAAUGACCAGGCAGCUAUGUUGAGCAUCAGCGCCAUCGUAGACAAUGUCACCAUCAUUCUGUAUGCACUGACCGUUGUGCUCGGCAUCACAGGGAACUCCAUGGUGAUCUGGGUGGCUGGAUUCAAACUUAAGCUGAAUGUCACCAAUGUGUGGCUGGUGAAUUUGGCAACAGCAGACCUGAUCUUCUGCUUCACACGAGUUUCCUCCCUCACUCAGAUGCUCUUCUUUGACCACUGGCCGUUUGGCCUCUUUCUCUGCAAGUUCAGUGGCUUCUUCAAAUACGCCAACAUGUUCUGCUCUGUCUUCCUGCUGGCUGUCAUCAGUCUGGAUCGAGUGCUCUGCAUCUGGCAGCCUGUCCUCACAAGACGUCGACGCACCCUGUGGGCAGCAAGGGUUGUGGCGGUCUGCAUCUGGAUUGCAGCAGUCCUUUUCAGCACCCCCUACUUCAUCCACCGUGUGGUCUACAUGGACAAGAACAACCUGAGUAAGUGUUCUGUGGAUCCAAAGGAGAAGGAGGAGGGCUACAACAGCACCAAAGUUGCUCUCUACUCCAUACGCUUCUUGUGCGGCUUCAUAAUUCCCUUCAUAGUCAUUCUCGUCUGUUACAUCCUGGCUGGCCUGGGCAUCCGACGUACCCGUCUGUCAGGGAAGUCCCGCCCCCUGCGCAUACUAGCAUGUUUGGUUAUUGCCUUUUUCCUGUGCUGGGCACCUUACCACUGCCUCCUACUGGUGAAGAUGGUGGACAAUGAAAACACAGUGGUGAAAAUCUGGUACCCUAUAGCAAAGGGCAUUGCUUACUUUAACAGCUGUGUGAACCCACUGUUGUACUUCUUCAUGGGGCUAAAAGUGAGGGAGGGGUUCAGACAGAGUCUGACGAGAGUUUAUAAAAGAGCUCUGGCAGAUGAUAUGGAUGGCCAGAUGACUCAUUCCACUGAUCGGUCUUUGGAUUAA